GUCAGGAUUGUACUCUCUUGCUAGUAGUUUCGCUUCUCUUUUCUCUCUUAUUACCACACGCCAUUCUCUCACCAAUCCAAGAUGGCCGAAGAAACAAACGUCGUUGCUGAAACCGUUGCUGAACAGCCUGCUGCUGUCGCCGCUUCUCCUGCAGCCAAGCCCAAAAAAGCCGGUAAAGUAGCCAAAUCAUCGGCAGCCAAAGCUCCCGCCGCCAAAAAGACACGACCGGCUGCGGCCAAAAAGGUAGCUUCUCCCGUGAAGACUGUUGCUGCUGCUACACCGAAACCAAAGAAAGUCGCCAAGCCCGCUGCUGCUUCUGCUCACCCACCAUACCUCGAGAUGGUCACCAAGGCCGUCGUUGCUCUCAAGGAACGCAGCGGAUCUUCCCGCCAGGCCAUCCUCAAGUACAUCCUCGCCAACUUCCAGGUCGGCUCUGACCCCAAAUCCGCCAAUCUCCACUUGAAGCAGGCCCUUAAGCGUGGUGUUACGUCCGGAGUCCUUAAGAACACCAAGGGUGCCACUGGCGCUGCUGGAUCUUUCCGUGUUUCUGCUGAGGCCAUGAAGCCCAAGAAGGUCGACAAGAAGGUGAAACCGGUCGUUGCCAAAAAGCCUAAAGUUGUGAAGAAGGUUUCGUCCCCCAAGAAGCCCAAGGCUGCUGCCAAGAAGCCCGCUUCGCCCAAGAAGGCCGUCAAGAAAGCCGCACCGGCCGCUGCCAAGCCCAAGGUUGCCAAGGUAGCCAAGCCCGCUGCCAAGAAGGCCGCUGCCCCAGCUGCCAAGAAGCCCGCCGCAGCCAAGAAAGCCGCUGCCCCGAAGAAGGCGGCCGUUAAGGCCCCCAAGCCCAAGGUAGCCAAGCCAGCACCUUCUCCCAAGAAGGCCGCACCCAAGAAGGCUACCGCCGCCAAGGCAGCCAAAGCAGCCAAGUCCCCUAAAGCCGCCACCAAGAAAGCCGUUGCCAAGAAAUAGAUACAUUUCAUCAGUUUAAUAGCUCAAUAGCACCAUCUCUUCUCAGUUUGAACUGCAUCGCGAUUCACUGACUUCAAAAGGGUAAACUGAAAAGCUCAUUCAUGAAGAUCUCCAUGUCGACGGCUGAUUCAUCUUCAGUUCAUUUGUACAUUCAUCAUCCCCAUAUCUAGACAUCCAUUUUCAUCAUUAUACAAAAUAUCUUGUUGAAAGAAGCGCGACUUGUACAUAUAAUAUUAGCAAUCUAAUAAAUGAAAAAUGACAUUA